CAUUAAUAUUCCUGUAAUCAUAGCGUAGAGUUAUGAUGAAGUGAGGCAGAAAUUUCUAUGCAUUGCAGAACGCAACUGAUGCACUAUUGUGCCAUGCUCGCAUGGCCUGUGGAUGUACUCCCGCUUUCAAUCAUGCAGAUCACUUGCGGCUCGGGAAUGAGCUGACAUUGAUAUUUGACUGUGUGCUGCUCUUUUUGCGUGCCAGCCUUUGCUGCUGCAUUUGGAGUCUGGGCUUCCAACAGUUGGAAGUGCACGCAACAGAUGUGACUGUAGAUCUGUUAUGUGAUCAGAAGAAUCGCAUUCUAUUAUCCUGAAUUCGUCAAAUAUGAAUAAUACACUUCAGCGUCAUCGGGAUACGACCCUCAGUGUAUCCCCGAUCGAGGAAGCAGAUAUAGAGCGAGGACCAUCUGGUGAGACAGAUGCCCUUCUUCUCAAAGGCUCCAUGGAUGGGGCGGACAGCCAUGAUGCGUCCAUGGAGAGCUCCAGGCAUCUGGACGGAGAUGACAGUGAUAAGGCUCGACAAAGGCUUGUCACCACGAUCCUCAUCAACCUCUCUGCCAUCAUGGAACGCACGGACGAGCAGCUGCUUCCAGCAGUCUACCGUUUUGUGGGAGCAAGCUUUCAGGCGUCGCCGAGUCAGCUUGGGUACUUGACCCUCUCCAGAGCCGUGGUGCAAGCUAUCGUCUCCCCAGUGGGAGGCUUCCUAGGGCACUAUUACAACCGGAUCUGGGUCAUCACCUUUGGCUGCUUGCUCUGGGGCAUCAUGACUGGAGCCUUUGCCAGCUGCCACACCGUCGCGCAGGGCUACAUAUUCUGGGGGAUCAAUGGCAUCGGGCUGUCGAUGGUGAUUCCCAGCGGGCAGAGCAUGGUGGCGGAUUACUAUCCCGAGGAGCGCAGAGGGGCUGCAUUCGGCGCCCUCUACCUCACUGGCGCAAUUGGAGCCAUGCUGGGUGCGCUGUACGCGACCAAUAUAGGCGCGCUGCAUCCGCUGGGCAUCGAGGGCUGGCGCUUUGCCUUCCUCUCUGUCGGCCUGCUCAGCGCCACAAUAGGCGCGCACCCACCCCUACUCCUUCCCCACCUGCUAUUUAAAAUUGUCUGCCUCGCUGGCGCAGGAAUUCUGACGUUCCUGUUUGGGCACGAUCCGCGCUUUGAGGACGACAGCGCGAUAGCGGUUGCGGAUGAGGACGCGGAGGCGGAGCAGCCCAGCUUCUGGGGCCUUCUGGAGGAGCUGGGCAUCGUCUGCACGAUUCCCACCUUCCUCAUCAUCGUGUUCCAGGGCAUCGUGGGCUCGGCACCCUGGAACGCCAUCGUAUUCCUGACGCUGUACCUGCAGCUGCUGGGAAUGGGGGAUGCAGCGUCCAGCUCUCUGAUGGCGCUGUUCCUGGGGGGGUCCGCUCUGGGGGGCCUGCUGGGGGGACUCCUGGGGGACUGGGCCGAGCGCAUCUCGCCCUACCACGGCCGCAUCAUCGUCUGCCAGCUCAGCGUCUUUGCAGGAGUUCCCUUCUCCUUUGUCCUGUUCAAGUACCUGCCGAUGGAUGGAUCCGAUCCGCUGGUGGUGGCCGUUUACGCGGUCCUGCUGUUCUUUAUGGGCCUCUGCAUUGCCGCAGCAGCACCAGCAUGCAAUAACCCCGUCUUUGCCGAGAUCGUGCCGCCGGAACUGCGCAACAUGAUCUAUGCCUUUGACCGAUCGUUCGAGGGCGCAAUUGCAGCGUGCGGUGCACCCCUGGUGGGCAUCCUGGCAGAGCGGGUCUUUGGCUUCAAGGGUGCGGCGGAGAUAGAUCCGGGUGACGUGGAUCAGAACCUGAGCAAAGCUCGUGCGCUGGGCAAUGCGCUGCUCUGCUGCAUGGCCGUCCCAUGGGCCCUCUGCGUUAUCAUCUACACAGGUCUGCACUACACAUAUCCGCGCGACAAGCGCCGCGCUCUGUUCCUGGCGCAGAUGGAGCCCGUCAAUGAAGAUCUGGUGAGGGCUGCCACGAUGGACCUGGGCUACCUGGACUUGGGCUAUGUGCUGCUUCCGCGCACUCGCUCAAAGGCCCGGCCGCCCAAGCGAACGGCCUCCUGCCCCGAGCUCUGCCUCCUGCACUCCCUUUAGGAGGACUGCAAAUCUAGGAGGACCGCAAAAGUAACCUCCAGAAUUGUUGUUGUUGUUUUUUGUCUGGAGGAUGGCCCUCUGAGCAGCCCAGUGUUGUGUGCAUCUGCAGAUUUUGAGUUUCUGCCUGUCUCUUUUGUACUUGCACCCGGCAU